AUUUGCAAUGAUUUGUUGUUCGUUCUAAGGUAGAAUAGGUAGAUGAAAAUAUUCUGUUCCCGUUUUUGAUAGAAAAUCUCAGUAAAUCAUUCGUACAUACAGUGGUCCAUUUCAAACAAUAUUGUAAUAUGAUGGUUAGUAAUUUUUUUGGGAACCAAUUCCGUAUUUCCCGCGCGUAAUAUAUAGAUACAGACUAUAGGUCAGGUCGGGUCGCGGUGUCUUACUUAUCGGGUCAAAUAAUGCGCGCAACAAAGCAGUUACUUUUUGCCGCCGUCUGCGAUAAAAUUUAAAAAGGAAUGAAGGGUCUUAAUAUGUAUUAUGGUUCAUACAUACAUAUUUUAUAAAUAAGGGUAUAUAAUACAAAAUGAACGAAUAACACGUGCAGAUACGCCUAUGUGUGUGUGUGUGUGUGUGUGCGGUAGGUAGGAUUAACACGUUAAUGCUGCUGUCUCAGUCGCGAGUUCAUCAUCCCCAAAAACAUAAAAAUCCGUUUACGAGCGCCGUCGCCGCGACGUCCGCAGCAUCCGAGGAGAGCGAGCGAUCGCGGGCACGCUCAUACGCGCACGCGCGCGCGGAGGCAUGCGGCGGCGGCGGCGGCGUACUCCCCCACCGGUGCCGCCGCGCCGGCGGACACAACCGGUUUUAUUUUUAGCAGUCUGUCCGCCGACGCCGCCGCACCGACAGCCGCGCACUCGCAGCAUCAGCACACACGGCCACCAGCGACAGAGCAGCACCGGCACCAGGACCAGCGCCAGUACACGAUAUUGCGCGUCGCCGCGAUCUAAUAAGAAAACAUCGUCCGCGUAAUCGGGACGCCGCGCGCGCAAUCCGUCGCCGGACAUGCGUUGUUGACGACAACGAUCGCGAGCUUCCAGUCCACUUGCAGAUGACUUGCCAACUGCGGUGCGUGUAAGUCAUUAAAGAGAGAAAAAAAGAAAAAAAUGCUGAUCGACACGACGAAAACGUCGUGGACCUUCAUCCCGGCUCUGCUGUUGCUCUUCUCGUCGGCUUAUGUUGGAGCGUAUUAUUCAUCGUGUGAUAAAAGUUCAUGUUACCCGGCUACUGGAAAUCUGUUAAUCGGUAGAGAAAACCACUUAAAAGCAUCUUCGACUUGUGGUUUGAAGCAAAGGGAAAGAUACUGUAUUGUAAACAAUCUUGAAGACCGCAAAAAAUGUUUUUGGUGCGAUUCAAGACAACCGUCUCAACCGAAUGCAAAAUAUUCGCUAAGUCACAGGAUCGAUAAUAUUGUCCAUUCGUCUGGUAGCCCUAAUGCACAAUGGUGGCAAUCAGAAAACGGAGUAGAAAACGUCACUAUUCAAUUGGACCUCGAGGCCGAAUUUCACUUCACUCAUUUAAUCAUUACAUUUAAGACUUUUCGCCCAGCAGUAAUGUUGGUUGAAAGGUCUUACGAUUUCGGAAACACUUGGCAGGUAUAUAGGUACUUCGCUUAUGAUUGUGACUCAGUUUUUCCAAAUAUACCAAAAGAACCACCACGUAAUUUGACCGAAGUAGUUUGCGACCAGAGAUAUUCUUCUGUACCUCCUUCUUCAAGUGGUGAAGUGAUUUUAAGAGUAUUACCUCCCAAUCUACACCACAUGUAUGAUGAUCCGUAUUCACCGGAAGUACAAAAUCUAUUGAAAAUGACAAAUUUGAGAAUUAAUUUCACCAAACUUCAUACACUCGGAGACGAUUUGCUGGACAACCGAGAUGAGAUUUUGGAAAAAUAUUACUACGCAAUCACAGAAAUGGUAGUACGGGGUAGUUGUUCGUGUUACGGGCACGCGUCCAGGUGCUUGCCGCAAGACGGUACGAAUAGCAAACCAGAUAUGGUGUACGGUCAGUGCGAGUGUACUCACAACACCAAAGGGCUUAACUGCGAGUCUUGCGAAGACUUUUUCAACGACUUCCCGUGGAAACCAGCUAUUGGCCGUCAGACAAACGCGUGUAGACGUUGCAACUGUAACAACCAUGCGACCAGUUGUCAUCAUGAUGCCGCCGUAUUUGAGUUGACUGGACGGAUGAGUGGUGGCGUGUGCGACGGAUGCACAGAUAACACCAUGGGUCGCAACUGCGAACAGUGCAAGCAGUACUUUUAUCAAGACCCCACGAAACCAUUCACUGACCACGAUGUCUGCUUGCCGUGCGAUUGUGAUCCUGGUGGUUCCUUGGACGAUGGAAUAUGUGAUUCCAAGACUGAUCUUAUCAACGGAUUAGAGUCUGGCCGAUGUCACUGCAAACCAAAUGUCGAAGGUAGACGAUGUGACAUGUGCAAAAAUGGAUUUUGGAAUUUCAGCGAGUCAAACCCAGACGGAUGCCAAGUGUGCACGUGCAACACUCAAGGAACCGUGGACAAUCAAGGUUGCAACAAGGAGACAGGAGAAUGUACGUGUAAGAGGUAUGUGGCCGGCAGGGACUGCAAUCAAUGUAUCCCUGGCUUCUGGGGUUUGUCUGAUAGUCAAGAUGGCUGUAAGCCAUGUGACUGCGACGUUGGUGGAGCGUACGACAAUAUGUGUGACGUCCUCACGGGACAAUGCUUGUGUCGACCACAUUUAUCAGGACGUACCUGCAGUGUACCAGAACAAAACUAUUUUGUCGGUCCCGUUGACACUUUGGUCAGCGAAGCCGAGUUAUCCAACUGCGGACAAGAUAAUUGUCAAGUAUAUAUUCGAGAACCCUAUAGAGAUGGCCGGGAAGAUACAUGGACAGGUACAGGAUUUAUGAGAGUGUUUGAUGAUGCCGAAUUGGUUUUUGACUUGAAGAAUAUACCAGCUACAACUAAUUACGAAAUCGUGCUCAGAUAUGAACCACAAAUUCCUUAUGAUUGGGACGAUGUCAGAAUUACAUUGGAAAGAUUGAAACCCAUUGAACCUAAUAGUACUUGUGCAGAAUAUGAAUUGAAUUACAAUGCUGGAGAUGUUAGAAGCGUUUUAUUAUCUCAAGAUUCUAGAUUUGCUAUCGCUUCACCACCAGUAUGUUUAGAAGCAAAGAAAGAAUACAAAGUGAAAAUUAAUUUCCAAAGAUACAACAACAGAACAAUUAACCCAUCUGCAUCAAUACUGGUCGACUCGCUUGUCUUAAUACCACAUGUGGAAAGUAUGCCAUUCUUCCAAGGAUCGCCAGCCAAUGAACAACGACUUGAAGAAUAUAGACGUUUUAAGUGCAAAGAAGCAUUUUACACAAUCCGCAAAGAUCAUUUACUUGAUUCUGAUGUUUGUCAAAAAUAUCAUUAUAGUGUUGGUUUUUAUUAUUUGGAUGGAGCAUUUUCAUGUGAAUGUGAUCCGACCGGUUCAACUAGUGCCAUUUGUGAUUCAUUGGGUGGAAAGUGUUCUUGCAAAACAAAUGUAGUUGGAAGAAAAUGUAAUCGUUGUGCUCCUGGUACUUAUGGAUUCGGUCCAGAAGGAUGCAAAGCAUGUGACUGUAACAGUGUUGGAGCUUUGGACAAUUUGUGUGAUGUUUCAACUGGACAAUGUAAGUGUCGAACACAGACUUAUGGAAGGGAGUGUGAUCAAUGUGAACCAGGCUCAUGGAAUUAUCCGAACUGUCAAAGAUGCAUGUGUCAUGGACACACUGACGGAUGUGACUCUCGUACCGGAGUAUGCCUUAACUGCCAAGGUUUUACUGAAGGAAAUAAUUGUGAUAGAUGUAUUGAGGGUUAUUACGGCGACCCACGUUUGGGAAUAGACAUUCCGUGUCGAGCAUGCCCGUGUCCAGGAACAGUUGAAUCUGGACAUUCUUAUGCAAAUCGAUGUGCUUUAGAUUCAAAAACACAAGACGUCUACUGUGAAUGUCAAGCUGGCUACAAAGGUUCUAGGUGUAAUAUGUGCGAUGAAAACUACUACGGAAACCCGGAAGUUCCUGGAGGCACGUGCCGGCAGUGUUCUUGUAAUAAUAACGUAGACAUAACCAAGACAGGUAACUGUGAUCCUCACAGUGGCAAAUGUUUGCAAUGCUUGUUUAACACAGAAGGAGACAAUUGUGAAGUUUGUAGAACUGGUUUUUAUGGUGAUGCUAUCCAUCAAACGUGUACAGAAUGUGUGUGUGACUUUUUGGGAUCACAGUCUAGAGUGUGUAAUUCUACCACUGGACAAUGUCCUUGUUUACCUAAUGUCAUUGGAUUGACUUGCGACGAGUGUAAACCCAAUCAUUGGAAAAUUGCUAGUGGAAAUGGAUGUGAACCGUGCAAUUGUGACCCAGUCGGAUCUGUUUCUGAACAAUGUAACCAGUUUGACGGUCAAUGCAAAUGUAAACCAGGUUUUGGUGGAACUCAAUGUAAUCAAUGUCAAACAAAUUAUUGGGGUGAUCCAAAUAAAGAAUGUUAUGCUUGUGAUUGUAAUCCUGAAGGAUCAGCUACACAACAGUGUAAUCAGACUACUGGACACUGUAAUUGUAUGUUAGGAAUAGGUGGAGAAAAAUGUGACACUUGUGCGAGAGGAUAUUUAGGAAAAGCUCCUAAUUGCAAUCCAUGUGGAGAAUGUUUUGAAAACUGGGAUCAAACACAAAAAGAGCUUAUAGAACAAACGGAGAACGUAUUUAAAUCAGCAUCUGAAAUAAAAGCUACCGGAACUACGGGCGCUUAUAACAACCAAUUUGAAAAUAUGGAAAAAAAAAUAUCCGAGAUAAGAAAUAUAUUGCAAACAACUACAAAAAGUUCAACAGAUCUUCAAACAUUAAAUAAUGUUAUUGAUCAACUCAGGAUUAAUCUCACUACUAUGGAUCAAUUGAAUGUAGUUACAAAAACUAUUGAUAAUACUAUGCAAAGAGUUAUUUUAGCUAAUUUAACAUUAGGAAACCUUAAUGCAAAAGCAAUCAACUUAAAAGAAACUGCACAAAGUUUAAAAAAUAAUUCAACACAACUUCAAGAACGAAAUGUUGAAGGUGCUUUAAAUUUAACCAAAGAAGCAUAUGACAAAGCAAAAACAUUAAAAAUGGAAGAGAAUGCACAAGAUAGAUUACUAUCUGAUGCUGAACACCAAUGCAAAAGAACUGAAUUGUUCUUUGGACGAAAUGUAAAUUCUUUUAAUCAAGGUAUUAAAGAUAAUGAAGUUACAUUGGAAAAAUUAAACGAGGAAAUGAAUAAAUUGUAUCAAGAAAUCCCUAAAUUAAAUCAACAAAUUUGUGAUAAAGGUGGUGAAACUUGUGAUAAGCUUUGUGGUGGAGCGGGUUGUGGUUUUUGUGGUGGUUUAUCAUGUGAAGAAGGUGCUACUACUAAAGCAGAACGUGCCUAUAGCUUUGCUAAAGAAGCUCAAAAGCACAUACGUGAUAAAGAAGCAAAAGGCGAAGAGUUGUUUAGAGGUUUAUCUCAAGCUAAUCAAGAAUUAAAUUUGGCGUUGGCUAAUACUAAAGACAUCUCAGAAGAGUCACAGAGAGCCAAAAUACAAUCUCAAAGCAUCCUAAAUGAAAGUUAUAGUUUGAUUGAAAGGCAUGAAAAAUUUUUGAACCCUUCAGGAGUUCAAUCUACUGAUGUCGCAAUGAAAGUUGAAGAAGUUCUGAAAUUAAAUAUUAACUUACAACCCGAACAAUUACGUCAACUUUCAGAAGACAUAAAUAAAACGUUAUCUCAACCAAAAAAUAUUGAUACAAUUAUCAAUGAAACUGCUGGUGAUUUGUCACUAGCUAAAAUGUUAAAUGAAGAUGCCGAAAAGAAACAGAUGGCUGCCAAAAAUAUACUUCAGGUUGCUGAACGUGUUGAAACAGCUUUAGACGAAGCAGAAAGUAUACAAAAGAAGAUCGAUGAGGGUAUAUUAAUAACAAACCAAAAUAUUGUGGAUGCAAAUAAUAGUAUAACAAAUAUUAAAACAGAAACGGGAGUUACUCAAGAUAAUGUUCAGAAAGUCUUAGAUGACAUCAAUGUUAUAGAAAAUAAAUUGAAAACGCUACAGACCGGGUUCUUAAAAAAUGUUAGAGACGCUAAUGAAGUCAAGUCAGAAGCGGGCACUUUGAUACAAGAAGUAGAAGAUACUGAAAAGAAAGCAUCACAACUAUUAUCUUUAUAUAAUGAUGCUAGUAACAAGUUAGACAACCGUGCACAAAUUGCAAAAACCACAAAAAAUAAUUCACAACAGUUAUUAGAAAAAGCUAGUCAACUGUCAGCCAAUACUACUUUGAAAUUGAGAGAACUAGGAGAUGCCGAACAAAUAAUUAUCAGUCAAGAAGAAUCAAUUUCAAAGCUUUCUAAGGAUGUAGAUGAAUUAUAUAGUAUGAUGUCAGAUAAUUUAAAUAAAAUCAGUUCACAAGCCGAUCAUUAUCGGACAUGCAAUAAUUAAUAAAAAUUAUUUCAGUAAUACUUUAUUUCAAUUGUUGAGUCGUUAAGUGUCAUAUAUUUAUUUUAAUAGUUUUCAUUUUUUAAAUCAUGUUUAUUUAUUUGACUUAUUUAUGUUCUUUGCACGCUGUAUUAUAUAUUUUAAUAUUAUAAUAUUUAUAAAAUAAUUGUGUUCAUUACAUUUAAAAUAAAUAUAGACUACUUAGUUUCUGACUGAGAAAAUAAUAUUUUAUACAUGAGAAAAAAAUGUUUAAUGUUUACUAUAACUGAGUAUGAUGUAAAUGUUUGAUUAUAUCUAAUUUUAAAAUUGUAAUUAUAAUUGUUUAUAAUUAUUAUUAUAUUAACAUAAAUACAUUUUAUGAGUUUAAUCUUAAUAAGAAAUUAUGUAAUCAACACAAUAUUUUUUUCUGAAUUUAUCACUAAUAAUAAUUAUAAGUUAUUAUC